GUUGGCAAUCAGCCGGCACUGCAGUUGAGAAAAGGCUCCUUCCUUGGAAGUAAUAAUGGCUUCACUCAACACCCGAGGUCAGAUUGCUGCAGCACAGCUUGCAUUUUAUGUCCCCCUCGCUGCCGUAUCCUUUUUUUAUUUUAUUCGAUAUCUCUUUCGACGCGAUGCUGGUUGGCUUUUUCUACUGACAUUUACUCUCAUGCGUAUCGCAGGAGGAGCCCUCAUUGUUGCCGGAGAGCUCACUGUAGACUCCAGUCCCAAUGUCGACUUGUUCAUUGCAGCCUAUCUCCUGUUCCACGCUGGUCUUUCUAUCCUCAUGCUCGCUACAAUUGGUUUCUUGGGCCUAGCAGGCCAGCAUACAUACAGUGAAGAACCUCGAGUGACCCGUCUUUUCAGAUUCGCUGGAUUUAUCGCGUUGAUAGCUUUAGCACUAGCCAUUGCUGGAGGACUUUUGGGUACACAUGUCAAUCCAGACGCGAACGCUGGUAUGAUCGUCAGACGCGUCGAGGCCGGCGUUUAUGGGGCGCUCUACCUCUUCCUCGUCUUCAUUGCGAUGGUUUCCUGGUCGCAUCGAUACUUUAUGAGGAGUUAUCGCAGACGGCUCCUUACCGGGGUCACUUUCGCACUUCUGUUAAUGGGUGUUCGAGUCGCCUACGAGAUUUUAACUGCUUGGUCUGCUUCUGAUGUUUUCGGGGACCAGCUAUCUUCAAAUCCCACAUUGGCCAAAUUCAAUCCCAUUACCGGGGACUGGGUACUGUUUCUGGUAAUGGGCCUCAUUAUGGAGUAUAUGGCGGCUAUUAUGUUCAUCAUACCCGCUGUCAUGCUGCACCGGAGACGUCAUUGAAACGCUCGCAUCUGUAUUUCACAUUUAUGAUUAUUGCUACGGUCUAACGGCGCGUUACUGUACUGCAAGGAAGAUACGUACAUGUACUUAUAUCGAAUAUAUGACAACAUUUACCGACUAACACCAACCAUCAUAUAACAUCGCAUGGAAUGCUUGGUAGUUCCAGUUCGUCAGAAAGAUAUAGUA